CGACGCCGGCAGAGCGGUAGUGGCGACGCGCGAUCCGCCGGCCGCGAAACGAUCCGUCGAACGCGAAACGAUCCACACCGUGCCUGCAGUAAAAACCGACGACGACGACGACGACAGUAUUCAGAUUGAUUUUUUGACCGGCCGUCAACCGAACGCGAAUCGUAACCGGCAACACCUACAACACCGAGUACCGCACGCCAUGGCCCGACAUGGGUGACCUGGCCGACACCAUCGACGAUCUCAUAUGCAGUUUCGAAAGCGAUGGUAGCAAGACGAUGGACACGCUGAUCAUGUACCUGUUCUGCUGGGCGCUGGUCGGUUUCGCCGCGCUGGCCGUCGGCAAGUUCGCCUACGGCCGGGCCGCCCUGUACGCCGGCCGCAAGUCGGCCGCCAGGACGGCCGCCGCGGCCGGCCCGGAACUGGGCUCCAAGACGGGCCGCACGUCCGCGGCCGUGGCCGGCGUCGUCGCCGGUCUGUCCGCCGUGCCGGCCGCCGCGGCCGCCAGCAAGGCGUACUCGACGGAACAGCAGCAGGCGGCCCACCACAUGCACCACCAUCACCCGCAGCACCACCAACGCCGGCCGCCGCCCGCGGCCACCGGCAACGACCAGGACGCGGUGCGCUGGACGAACGACGUGUUCAAGUGGCUGUACGACGCGGCCGCGACCGUGGCCGGCAGCGGAGGGGAACCGUCGGCCGUCGAUUAUCUGCUCGGCGAGUGGACGUCCGCCCUCAACGAGUACACCAAAAAGUCGUUCGCCGAACAUGGCGUCGGUGUCGAAUUCGUUCGGUUUCUACCAGAAACUCAUCCACCGGUACUCAGCAACGUUUUUUGUGAACUAGGAGUGUGCGAGAACGUCACGAUUACCUGUGACUGCGACGCAACGCCGGCGAUGCAGUUGAAGGCGAUGCGACAGAAGGGCGACAAAGUGGACGUUUCUCAUUACCGAGUGAACGUGAACAAGUUGCAGGCCCGGUUGAACAUAUCGUGCGACACCGGCAAGAAGAGGGGACAAAUCAAAUUCGACGGAUGGCCAAAAAUUAAAGUUGCACUGGCCCAAGUUGGAUACAUUAAAAGCAAAACGAUGGACGAAGUACAGCUGCAAGACGUCAUUUUGGACAUUGUUACCGGCGCCAUUAGAUCGACAGACCUUUCGGUCGAUCUGUACCGGUGGUCAGAGUUUCCGAAUUUCACGAAAAGCCAUCAGCAAAUAACCACUUCGCCGUUAGACUCGUACACUGAUCGAAUGGUAAGUCCGAAAAUAGAAUCAACGGUCAUGAAGCAAGGAGAGAAAAGAUUGAUGGUUAAAGUCAUAAAAGCGAUUGGACUCGGACUCAAACAAGGGUGUCAUGAACCGUACUGCGUGAUCGAAGUCGACGACCCAUUCCAGAAGAAGCAGACUUCGACGAAGAAGAACACUUCGUCGCCACAAUGGAACGAGAAUUUUAUGUUCACACUGAACCGGACGACAGAGGAGAUAUUGUUCGAAGUGUACGAUUGCAACCCGAACGGUGGAAAUCAGUUCAUGGGCUUGGCUAUUGUCAGCGUCGAAGAACUGCUAGUCAACCCUUACCAGAGACAAGUGCUGUCGCUCCAGUCGCGACCGUAUCAAGACGAUUCGGUGUCCGGCACUCUCACGUUGGAAUUCAUUUUUCUCGAGGACGAAGACCAGAACGCCGUAUCAAAGGGAACGUCAGACUUUACGAACGAAAGGACAUCAAUGUACAACGAUCAUUAUUUGCAAGAGCCUUUCGGCGGCGGCAGUGUGAACCAAACGCGCAAGAACGCACAGGACGAAAACAAGAACAAACACAUAUCGUACAACGUCAACACGGUGUUCAACAGCAAAGAUUAUUUGCAAAUGCCGUCGGACCACAGGAACACGGCACACGACGGUGUGGCGAGUCGGACGAGUUUCUACAACAGCGGAAGUCCACAGCAGCAGCAGCAGCAGCAGCAGCAGCAGCGCGAGUCCGUGACGGGAAUAAGCGUCGACAGACAAUACGACGCCGGUUACAAUGGAAUGCACGAAGGUGAGAGGCCACCUGGUGGAUUCCCACCGGACGGACAACAGUCGUUAG